AUGGAAAAAUUUGGAAUCAUAAAUGAUGAAAAUCGUGAAAAAUAUAGACCAGCAUUUAAAGGAGCCUCAUUUUUCGCAAGAAACAUAUGGUCUUUAGCCGAUAAUCAAGCUAUUGUACUAGGUACUCAAUUCUGUAUUUUCGCUCAGAUUUUUGAUGACCUUAUUGAUAGUAAUGAACCAGAAUAUGGAAUUAAAAUAAUCAAUAGAGCAAUCAAUAUAUUUAAAUUGGGUAAACUUGAAGAUGAUCCAACACCUCUUGAAAGAAAUUUAAGACACAAUAUUGGAAUAGAACCAGGUUUUUAUUUAGGUGUAAUAUUCACCAUGAAAAGAUUAAACCCUGAUAUUCUUCUUGACCCACUUUGGAAAAGUUUAUCGGAUUAUACAGGAAAAUUCGCUGCUCUUUACAAUGAUAUAUUCUCUUAUGAAAAGGAACUUAGAGAAAAAGAUGUAAGAAUGAAUAGUUUCUAUUUUAUGAAAACACAAAACAAUUGGUCUGAUAAAGAAUGUUUUGAUUUCAUGGAUAAAGAAUUGGAUAAUUGUUUUGAACAAUAUUUUAUUCAUGAAAACCUGAUAAUUCAAAAAUUCAUUCCAACUCUUCAAAACAAAGAGGAUGAAGAAGAAUUCUACAAAAUCGUUGGACGUUUUCAUUUAAUGUUGACUUCCUUAAUUUCUUUGUAUCUACUAAAACCAUCUUAUAAAUCACAAGAUUCCAUCUUUGUUGAACUUAGAAUCUAA